AUGAAGCCCCUCGAUGUCCUUCUAGCCUCUCUCAUCCCAGCCACCAUUCUCUUCCAUCUCCUUGCAGCUCCCUACACCAAGGUCGAGGAGUCCUUCACCAUUCAGGCAACCCAUGACAUCCUCGUCUACGGCACGCCGACCCGCAACAUCAACGCUCGCUUCCAUGCCGUCUACGACCACUUCACGUUCCCGGGCGCCGUUCCACGGUCCUUUGUCGGACCGGUCAUGCUAGCAGGCAUCAGCCAGCCCAUCGUCGCCAUCUUUGGCUUCCAGCAUGCUCAGAUGAUCGUUCGUGGCGUGCUGGGCAUGUGCAACGCCGCCGCCCUGCUCUACUAUGCGCAUUCCGUCAAGAGAGGACUCGGCCAGAGCGCGGCGCGCUGGUGGACCGUCAUGACCGUCAGCCAGUUUCACAUCAUGUUCUAUGCCUCGAGGACGCUGCCCAACAUGUUUGCCUUUGGCCUCACCACCGUCUCGUCGGCCCUGCUCCUGCCACACCCCGACCAGGCUCGAAAGGCGUCGCGCAUCCGCAUUUCCAUCUCUCUUCUCGUCUUUGCCGCCGUCAUCUUCCGCUCCGAAGUCGCCCUCCUCCUGUGCACCACGGCAGCGACCCUGCUCGCGACGCGCCAGACGACCCUCGGCGCCCUCCUCCCCGGCUUCAUCGUGUCGUCGCUCGCGGCCCUCGUCCUCUCGGCGCCCCUCGACUCGUACUUCUGGCAGACGCCCCUGUGGCCCGAACUCUGGGCCUUUGCCUUCAACGUCCUCCGCGGCGGCGCCUCCGACUGGGGCACCUCUCCCUGGCACUACUACUUCACCUCGGCCCUGCCGCGCCUCCUCCUCAACCCGACGGCCCCCUUCCUCAUCGCCUCGGCCGCCCUCCACCCGGCCACGGCGCGCACAGCCCGCCUCCUCGUCGCCCCGAGCCUCGCCUUUGUCGCCAUCUACUCCCUGCAGCCCCACAAGGAGGCCCGCUUCAUCUUCUACGCCGUCCCGCCCCUCACCGCCGCCGCCGCCCAGGCCGCCGCCCUGACGACGGCCCGCGCCGCCAAGUCGCCGCUCGCCCGCCUCGCCACGGCCGCCACGACCGUCGCCGUCUUGGCUUCCGCCGCCGCCGCCGCCGCCCUCCUCGCCCUCUCCUCCCUCAACUACCCCGGCGGCGAGGCCCUGUCCCACGUCGCCCGCAUCGCCGCCCUGGCCCCCGCCACACCCCCGGCCCCCGCCGCCGCCGUUCACGUCGACGUCCUCUCGUGCAUGACGGGCGUGACCCUCUUCGGCCAGAACCCCACCGGCCGCCCUGUCCUCCUCGCGCCCGACGACGCCGGGCUGCGCUUCGACAAGACGGAGGACGCGGCGCGGCUGAAGAGGCCCGGCUUCUGGCUCGGCUUCGACUACCUCCUCGUCGAGGACCCUGCCGUCGUGGCCGGCGGCCGGUGGGAGACGCUCGGCGUCGUCGAGGGGUUCGCCGGCGUCGAGGUGCUCAGGCCGGGGGGCCGCGAUGUCGAGGCGGCUGCUGCCCCUGGUCCUGGUCCCGUCGUCGGCAGGGGCCGCGUCGUGGCUGCGGUGCGGGAGGCCGUCAGGGCCGUGACGGGCGGGUGGUGGGUUGGGCCGCGGAUGGAGCCGAGAGUGUACAUUCUCAAGAGGGACAAGGUUGGUGCUGUGGUUGUAGGGACGUAG